AUGGCAGAAGCAGUGGUGUCGACUGCUCUAGAAACCCUGCGCGAUUUGUUGUUGGAAGAAGCAAGGUUUUUAUAUGGUGUGGGCGAUGAAGUGAAGGAGAUCGAGAUCCAGCUCAAAGAGAUGAAGUGCCUUCUCAAAGAUGCCGACAGUCGACGACAUGAAAAUGAAACCAUUUUGAAUUGGAUCUCAGAGAUUAAAGAUCUUGUGUACAGAGCCGAAGCUGCCAUUGAAAGACACGCAGCUUAUCAAACGAUGAAGGCACUAAUAAAAGCACCCAGUGUGAUGAAAAAAGUACAAGCAGAAAUCAGAAAUUUGAUAGGUGAAAAGGGUAAAUUAGAUGAAGGUGAUAUGCCCAAACUUCCCUAUUUGAAAGUAGUGAUUAAGGAGACAUUGAGGUUGUACCCUUCAGCUCCACAGCUUGUACCAAGACAAAUAAUAGAUCCGAAGUAUUGGAAAAAUCCAGACGAGUUCAUGCCUGAGAGGUUCUUGAAUAGCAAUAUUCAUGAUAUCACCAAGCAUGACUUUGUGUUCAUUAUUUGUUUAGUUUGA